GCAGGGGAGGUAGCUCCCCAGUGAGGGCUCUGAGAGUCCUUGCCUGAGGAGGUGGGAGGGGAUCUGGGUUUGGGGCAGGGGCUCUGGAAUGCAGCCCCCUUCUCUGCUGCUGCUGUUGCUGUGUCACUCUGUCGUCAAGACCAGAGUGCUGCCGUGUGGGGACUCCCCAGAACCCUGUGCCAAUGGAGGCACCUGCCUGAGCCUAUCUCAGGGACAAGGGACCUGCCAGUGUGCACCUGGCUUCCUGGGUGAGACUUGCCAGUUUCCCGACCCCUGCCAGGAUGCCCAGCUUUGCCAGAAUGGGGGCAGCUGCCAAGCCCUGCUUCCUGCCCUCCCAGGCUCCCCUGGCCUUCCCUCUCCCUUGGCCCCCAGCUUCUCCUGCACCUGCCCCUCUGGCUUCACCGGCCAGAGGUGCCAGGCUCUUCUCAAGGACCCCUGUUCUUCCUUCUGUUCCAAAAUGGGCCGCUGCCACAUCCAGGCCUCAGGCCGCCCACAGUGCUCCUGCCUGCCUGGAUGGACAGGUGAGCAGUGCCAGCUUCAGGACUUCUGCUCAGCCAACCCCUGCAUCAAUGGAGGAGUGUGUCUGGCCACACACCCCCAGAUCCAGUGCCUCUGCCCACCUGGCUUCGAGGGCCAUGCCUGCGAACACGAUAUCAACGAGUGUUUCCUGGACCCGGGACCCUGCCCCAAGGGCACUUCCUGCCAUAACACCCUGGGAUCUUUCUGGUGUCACUGCCCUACUGGGCGGGAGGGUCCGCACUGUGAGCUUCAGCCAGGACCCUGCCCCCCUAGUGGCUGUCCCAAUGGGGGCACCUGUCAGCUGGUUCCAGGGAGAGAUUCCACUUUCCAUCUCUGCCUCUGCCCCCAAGGUCUCACAGGCCUAGGCUGUGAGGUGAACCCAGAUGACUGUGCUGGGCAUGAGUGUCAGAAUGGGGGCACUUGCCAGGAUGGGCUGAGCACCUACACCUGCCGCUGCCCAGAGGCCUGGACAGGUUGGGACUGCUCUGAAGAUGUGGACGAAUGUGAGACCCAGGGUCCCCUUCACUGCAGAAACGGGGGUACCUGCCAGAACUCGGCUGGCAGCUUCCAUUGCGUGUGUGUGAGUGGCUGGGGAGGCACAGACUGUGAAGAGAACCUGGAUGACUGUGCUGCUGCCACCUGUGCCCCAGGAUCCACCUGCAUUGACCGCGUGGGCUCCUUCUCCUGCCUCUGCCCACCUGGCCGCACAGGACUCCUGUGCCACAUGGAGGACAUGUGCCUGAGCCAGCCAUGCCACGGGGAAGCCCAGUGCAGCACCAACCCCCUGACAGGCUCCACACUCUGCCUUUGUCAACCUGGCUACUCAGGGCCCACCUGCCACCAGGACCUGGAUGAGUGUCAGAUGGCCCAGCAAGGCCCCAGUCCCUGUGAACACGGCGGCUCUUGCCUCAACACCCCUGGCUCCUUCAACUGCCUCUGUCCCCCUGGCUACACGGGCUCCCGCUGUGAGGCUGAUCACAAUGAGUGCCUGUCCCAGCCCUGCCACCCCGGAAGCACCUGCCUGGACCUACUCGCCACCUUCCACUGUCUCUGCCCACCAGGCCUAGAAGGGCAGUUCUGUGAGGUGGAGACUGACGAGUGUGCCUCUGCUCCGUGCCUGAACCAGGCUGACUGCCACGAUGGGCUCAACAGCUUCCUCUGUGUCUGCCUGCCCGGAUUCACAGGCUCCCAGUGUGAGGAAGACAUCAAUGAGUGUGCAAGCUCUCCCUGUGCCAAUGGGGGUCAGUGCCAGGACCAGCCUGGAUCUUUCCAUUGCGAGUGUCUCCCAGGCUUUGAAGGCCCACACUGUCAGGCAGAGGUGGACGAGUGCCUGAGUGGCCCCUGCCCCACUGGAGCCAGCUGCCUGGAUCUCCCCGGAGCCUUCUCUUGCCUCUGCCCCUCUGGCUUCACAGGUCAUCUCUGUGAGGUUCCCCUGUGUGCUCCCAGCCUGUGCCAACCCAAGCCAAAAUGCCAGGACAAGGCCCACUGCCUCUGCCCUGAUGGAAGCCCUGGGUGUGCCCCCAUUGAGGACAACUGCACCUGCCACCAUGGACAUUGCCAGAGAUCCUCAUGUGUGUGUGAUGUGGGCUGGACAGGACCAGCAUGUGAAGCAGAGCUGGGAGGCUGCAUCUCCGUGCCCUGUGCCCAUGGGGGGACCUGCCAUCCCCAGCCCUCUGGCUACAACUGCACCUGCCCCCCAGGCCACACAGGCCCUACCUGCAGCGAGGAGGUGACAGCUUGUCACUCAGGGCCCUGUCUCAACGGUGGCUCCUGUAGCCCCAGCCCUAGGGGCUAUUCCUGCACCUGCCCUCCAAGCCACACUGGGCCCCGCUGUCAGACCAGCACUGACCACUGUGCCUCUGCCCCGUGCCUCAAUGGGGGUACCUGUGUGAACAGGCCUGGCACCUCCUCCUGCCUCUGUGCUGCGGGCUUCCAGGGCCCCCACUGUGAGGAAAGGACCCGUCCCAGCUGCGCAGAUAACCCCUGUAGGAACAGGGCAACCUGCCAAGAUGGUCCUCAGGGUCCCCACUGUCUCUGCUCCCCUGGCUACACGGGAGGCAGCUGCCAGACUCUGAUGGAUUUAUGUGCCCAGAAGCCCUGUCCACACAAUUCCUACUGCCUCCAGACUGGGCCCUCCUUCCAGUGCCUGUGCCUCCAAGGAUGGACUGGGCCUCUCUGCAACCUUCCACUGUCCUCCUGUCAGAAGGCUGCUCUGAGCCAAGGCACAGCAGCUUCUUCCCUGUGCCAGAACGGAGGCCUCUGCAUUGACAGUGGCUCCUCCUAUUUCUGCCACUGCCCUCCUGGAUUCCAAGGCAGUACCUGCCAGGACAGGGUAAACCCAUGUGAGUCCAGACCCUGCCAACACGGGGCCACCUGCAUAGCCCAGCCCAAUGGGUAUCUCUGCCAGUGUGCCCCAGGCUACAAUGGACAGAACUGCUCAAAGGAAUCCAAUGCUUGUCAGUCCCAGCCCUGUCACAACCAUGGGACCUGUACCCCCAUACCUGGAGGCUACUAUUGCACCUGCCCUCCAGGCUUUGUGGGGCUGCGCUGUGAGGGAGACGUAGAUGAGUGUCUGGACCGGCCCUGCCAUCCCACAGGCACUGCAGCCUGCCAUUCUCUGGCCAAUGCCUUCUACUGCCAGUGUCUGCCUGGAUACACAGGCCAGUGGUGUGAAGUGGAGACAGACCCCUGCCAGAGCCAGCCCUGCUCCCAUGGAGGGUCUUGUGAGACCACAGCAGGACCACCCCUGGGUUUCACCUGCCACUGCCCCCAGGGUUUUGAGGGCCCCACCUGCAGCCACAGAGCCCCCUCCUGUGGCUUCCAUCACUGCCACCAUGGUGGCCUGUGUCUGCCCUCCCCUAAACCUGGCUUCCCACCCCGCUGCGCCUGCCUCGAUGGCUACGGGGGUCCUGACUGCCUGAACCCACCGGCUCCUCAUGGCUGUGGCCCUCCUUCUCCAUGCCUACACAAUGGCAGUUGCUCAGAGAUCCCUGGGCUGGGGCCCCCAGGCUUCCGAUGUUCCUGCCCUCCCAGCUCUCCAGGGCCCCAGUGCCAGAAGCCCGGAGCAAGGGGAUGUGAGGGCAGAGGUGGAGAUGGGGCCUGUGACGCUGGCUGCAGCGGCCCUGGAGGAAACUGGGAUGGGGGAGACUGCUCCCUGGGGGUCCCGGACCCCUGGAAAGGCUGCCCCUCCCACUCCCGAUGCUGGCUCCUCUUCCGGGAUGGGCAGUGCCACCCACAGUGUGACUCUGCAGAGUGUUUGUUUGAUGGCUAUGACUGUGAGACUCCUCCAGCCUGCACUCCAGCCUAUGACCAGUACUGCCACGAUCACUUCCACAAUGGACACUGCGAGAAAGGCUGCAACACCGCGGAAUGUGGCUGGGAUGGGGGUGACUGCAGGCCUAAAGAUGGGGGUUCGGAAUGGGGGCCCUCCCUGGCCCUGCUGGUGGUCCUGAGCCCCCCAGCCCUGGACCAGCAGCUGCUUGCCCUGGCCCGGGUGCUAUCCCUGACUCUGAGAGUGGGGCUCUGGGUAAGGAAGGAUAGUGAUGGCAAAGACAUGGUGUAUCCCUAUCCUGGGGCCCAGGCCGAAGAGGAGCUGGGAGGAACCCCGGACCCUUCACAUCAGGAGAGAGUAACUCCUCAAACACAGCCUGUAGGCAAAGAGACAGACUCUCUCAGCACUGGGUUUGUGGUGGUGAUGGGUGUGGAUUUGUCCCGCUGUGGCCCUGACCACCCUGCAUCCCGCUGUCCCUGGGAUCCUGGGCUCCUGCUCCGCUUCCUUGCCGCAAUGGCUGCGGUGGGAACCCUGGAGCACCUGCUGCCAGGACCCCUGCUGGCUGCCCAUCCUCGUGCUGGCACGGUACCACCCACCAACCAGCUUCCCUGGCCUUUGCUGUGCUCACCAGUGGCCGGGGUGAUUCUCCUGGCCCUUGGGGCUCUUCUGGUCCUUCAACUCAUCCGGAGGCGGCGCAGAGAGCAUGGGGCCCUCUGGCUGCCCCCGGGGUUCAUUCGAAGGCCUCGAACGCAGCCAGGUCCCCGCAGACGCCGGCCUCCCCUGGGUGAAGACAGCAUCCGCCUCAAAGCCCUGAAGCCAGAGGCAGAAGUUGAUGAGGAUGGAGUGGUGAUGUGCUCAGGCCCUGAGGAAGGAGAGGAGGCUGAAGAAAUGGCCUCACCCUCCAAGUGCCAGCUCUGGCCUCUGAGCAGUGACUGUCAGGAGCUCCCCCAGGCAGCCAUGCUGACUCCUCCCCAGGAAUCAGAGAUGGAUGUCCCUGAGGUGGACACCCGUGGACCUGAUGGGGUGACACCCCUGAUGUCAGCAGUUUGCUGUGGAGGAGUGGAGUCCAGGACCUUCCAGGGGGCAUGGUUGGGAAGCCCUGAGCCCUGGGAACCUCUGUUGGGUGGAGGGGCCUGUCCCCAGGCUCACACUGUGGGCACUGGGGAGACCCCCCUGCACCUGGCUGCCCGAUUCUGCCGGCCAACCGCUGCCCGCCGCCUCCUUGAGGCUGGAGCCAACCCCAACCAGCCAGACAGAGCAGGGCGCACCCCUCUUCACACCGCCGUGGCUGCUGAUGCUCAGGAGGUUUGCCAGCUCCUACUCCGCAGCAGACAGACUGCGGUGGAUGCGCGGACAGAGGACGGGACCACAGCCCUGAUGCUGGCCGCCAGGCUGGCGGUGGAGGACCUGGUUGAAGAACUGAUUGCAGCGCAAGCAGAUGUGGGGGCCAGAGAUAAAUGGGGAAAAACCGCGCUGCACUGGGCCGCCGCCGUCAACAACGCCCGGGCCGCCCGCUGCCUCCUGCAGGCCGGAGCCGACAAGGACGCCCAGGACGGCAGGGGGCAGACGCCGCUGUUCCUGGCCGCCCGGGAAGGCGCCGUGGAGGCCGCCCAGCUGCUGCUGGCGCGGGGAGCGGCCCGAGGACUGAGGGACCAGGCGGGGCUCACGCCCGCGGACGUCGCCCGUCAGCGCAACCACGGGGACCUGCUGGCGCUGCUGGAGGGGGCGGGGCCGCUGGAGGCGCGGGCCCGCGGGGUCGGCCCCGCCCCCCGCCCCCGCCCCCGCCCCCGCCCCCGGGCCGCGUCGGGAAGCUCGCCCCCGCGCGCGGGCGGGGCUGUGCCGCGCGGCCGGACGCUGUCCGCGGGGGCGGGCCCGCGAGGGGGCCACACCCCGUCCGCCGCCUGGGCCGCCCCUGGGGGCGGGGCCUCCUCUCACGGCCGGCGCCCGUCGAGGGGAGGGGCGGCGGGCGGCGCGUCUCCCGGGGCCCGUAGGCUUCCUGCAGGCAUGCGCGGGCCUCGGCCCCUCACCGGGGUCGCGCGAGGAAGAUCCGGGGUCACGGCCGGGGGCGGGGGUGUGGCCUCGGCUGACGACUGGCCCUGCCAUUGGGUGACCCUGGGAGCCUGCGGCCCCACCUCCAACGCCGCCUCGCCGCUCCCGCCUCCUUGCCUCACUCCGUCCCCAGAGCGGGGAUCCCCUCGAGUUGCUUGGGGACCCCCAACCCACGAAGUAAUACCUUUAAACACGGGAGGCGAGGGUCAAAAAUAGGACACUACAAGACAGGGAUUCUAAAAGUGAACAUCCAUGAUAGGACACACAGUCUGGAAGGACUCCAGAUUUCUAAGACCCUGGAACCCCAAAAGUGAAGGGCCCUAUGAUCUCCCUCCCCAAAUGAGUGUAUGCCCACUCAUUCUCUUCCACACGGAAAAGGUAUAGCCCUGGAAAAAGGGCUUAGGGUGCUGAAUGAAGAGGGCCCAGCCUUCUCCCAGAAAAUAAGGGUGAGGGGCUACCGAAGGGUGGAGUGGGAUUGGGGAAUUACCUCUGAACUGGAACCAAUAACUCCAGACAUAUAAGAUGUAAGACAGUCUUUCCUGUAUAUGGUACCCAAAGGAAGUCUCUAUUACCCAUUACCCCCAGCACCCACAAAUGGCUAACAAAUAUUUAUUGAUGCCCACUGUAUGCCAGGCACUGUGUAGGUGCUGAAGUGGGGGGCCAAAGGCCACUCCAGCUGAUGACUCCUUGCACUCUCUCCACCUCCCUCUUCAACAAACCAUCACAGGGAUGAAGCACCACUCUUAUCAUCACCUCUAUCACUAUUUAAAAACCUCAGAUCUGUCACCCCAUAAUAAAGCUUAUCUGAAAUGUUAA